AUGGCUACAUUGACCCUUGACCCCGAAUGUCUGUUUCUGUGUCCAGAUCUCGACCUGGAUGCGGUCGUCUCCUCCACAGAGAAGCUGAGCCACCCGACGGCGUCGCGGCCGAGAGUCACAGACCGCCGGCCUCGUUCCCAGAUCAUCGCACCUUCGUCUCUGUCCAGCACAGAGCUGGAGUCUCCCACGGUGGAGGACAGGAAGGACAGAAGGAAAGACGACCAGGAGUCCGUCCCCAUCAAGAAAGCAGUCCCAGUCAUCCCAGUACAUGACGUUAAAGCCCCGCUACCCAAACCCGCCAUCCUACCCCCGCCUAACUCCUCCCACCGCUCCAUCUCCCCGUCCUCCUCCUCGGGUCUGACCCCGUCCCCGGAGCUCCGGCAGUCGCCGCUCACGCCGACGCCGCCGACGCUGGAGGAACUCAGGAACCAACUGAGAGACUUGAGAGCCUCCAUAGAGCUGCUGAAGCACCAGCACAGGCAGGAGAUGAAGCAGCUAGCCAACGCGCUGGACGAGGAGAAGAAGAUACGUGUUAGUUUACAGGUGGAAGUAGAGCACAUAAAGAAGAGCCUGUCCAAAUGAGGACUGAAGAAUCGAUUUCUCAUCACAUCUGAGGCCACAUUAAAAAACAAAAAAAAAAGGAAAAAGAUUAACUUUCUCACUGUUGGUUUUGACAGUUCCGCCAAAACUAAGUUUGUGCCAAACGAUUGCCACCAUCACCGACGGUUCAGCACCACGGAUUCAGCCACAUUUCCUCCCCUCUAAGCCGCCUUAUCCUGCGUUUACUUCUUUCUUUUUUACCUUCUGUUAAAGAGGCUUCUCUGUUUGGUUUACUGCUAUCUUCGCUGUGCCACUGGUACAAGGACGCCCCUGGAGCCGCGGCUGCCUGGUACUGUUUUAAGUUUCCCAGAGUGAAGGAAACUUCAGCCUCUGUAGCCUGGUCUGACCAAAAGACCUCUGUGCAGUUCUGCGUCCACUUCGCGGCCUUCACCUCCAGUCUGUGUGUGUAUGGGUGUGUCUGUGUGCGUGCGUGUGUGUGCGUUUAUAUGUUUGUUUUCAUGCAAUGUGAGGACCUGAUGUAUUGAGGUUCAAAAUGGGGACAUUUUUAGAAGCUAUAUUUCCAGUUAAUCAAAAAAUAAAAUUCUGAGCACUUAAACUAGUUUAAACCAUAAGAUUCAUUUUUUGUGCCAUGAGUAAGUUUGUUUACUUUUUUAUUGUUUAAAUCUACAUGAACAAGGGACCAAUGAUAGCACAAUGUCCUUUUCUAAGCAUUCAAAAUCUUUUAACAUUAAUAUUUUAGAUAUUUUUUAUGAGCCUAUGAAGUAGGCUGUGAUUUAUAAUGAUUAAAAACUCACAGUAAUUUCCUCUAAAAGUUACUGAGUAAAGAAGACAUCAGUUCGUACAAUACUUUAGUUUACUUUUUGCCUUGCUGUGAUAUUUUGUCAAUUUCUGCUUUAUGUUUAACCGUCCUUUAAGCAUUCUGGUUGAUUGUUAGAACAAAUAUUCAUCCAGGACAUUCAUUAUGCUAAAAGGACAUUUUUCUUCUGCAUCAAGUUAGCGGUCUGAAUGCAACACUGCCUGAAAUUUAGAGGUUAUGAAAAGACAGCAGACCAAGCAGCCAUGUCUUGAAACAUAAAAGCAGGUAUAUGUCGUCUCUUCCUCUAAUCCACACAGGGUCAAAAGUAUUCAAAUAGGUCAAAAUAUAUACAUAGAAUCCUGUUUUUCGUUUUUCUCCUUUUUUGGCAGAAUUAGUAGUUAUUUGAAGUUGUUGAACCAGCAUAGUCCAUAUAUUUUGAAUACAUUUUGUUAGGGUGUGUAUCCAUUCCAGUGUGUUGGUGGUUCUUGACCAGUUGGACCAACCCACUGCAUCCAGGCUUCAGCUAACUAGCUGUAGAUUUUAGGUGAAAUUUAAAGGGGACCUUUUAUGCAAAAUUAACAUUUUGUGCAUCUUUGUUCUUCCAUUUGGGUUUCAAUUGUUUCUAAAAACAGCAGAACCUCUUAAGAAUGCUACCUAUACACUUUUUGGCAACAGGUUAAUGCGUUUAGCUUGUUUGGUCAGCUUCUUUUAUCGCUGUAUGCGCUGUACAAUGGCUGCUGGAAAAGACAUGUUUUUUUGUGUUUUUUUUCACUUACCAUCUAGAAAUGCAGGAAUGGCUUGCUACAUUCUUGCUGUUUGUGCAGAAGGCUCUACUUCUGCUUUUCAAAGAUGUACAGUUAUAUAAUUGCACAUCUGAUUUCAUCCAUUUUUAUGUGAGGUUGGCAGUGUUGGUCAGAUAGUUAAAACUUUGACAGCUUUGGGUGUUAUAAAUACACAUUAAAACUGAUUUCAGAAAUGGUCAAAUAAAGCUGACUUUAAAUUUUUGAAAUCUUAACCUUGUUAAAAUAUAUGUACUGUGCUGGAAGCCAAAUAUUAAAACUGAACUAAGGAUAUUUUUGCAUUUAUCCAGCAUUCAGAGGGGGUCAACUAGUAAGUUACAGUUCAAACAGGAGCAGGUCAAAACAAAAAUCACCAAUAAAAGACCAUGUCGUUUAUCAAUAAUCACAUUAUGUGAAUAUGGGAUAUUUUGGGAUUUUGCUGGCAUUAAAAACAGAUCUUAUUUUUCCUUUACAGAAAUGAGAAAUAUUAAUGAAAACUUUAAGAAGCACAUUUAAGAUAAUAUAAAUAAUUUAUCUGUGUAAACAUGAAAACAUAUAACUGAAAGUGCAUGAACAAACAGAAACCAUUCCUUUUCAGUGAAUAUUAACAGGGUUAAGCGAAUGUAGAAGGUUCCAGGUCCUCAUGGGUAGAUGAAGAUAAAGUGUGUGCUUAUGUGUGGUUUUUGUAUUACAGCAUGUGCAGCUGUUUUUGCCUCCCUUCCUUACGUGUGCACAAAAUCUAUGACAACCCGUCACUGUGGCCUUCCUGUUUCAGAUUAUAAGUCUUUUUAUUUCUUCUCUUUUCUGUCUUUUCAUAUGACAAAGAGAAAACUGCUACAACUGAGGCUACAAGUUGUUUUCUUGACUUGGUCCUUUCUCUCCAAGAUGGUGAUAAAUGAAUAUAUAUAUAUUUACUUUUAUAUUUCAGUGUAAUAAAGAGGCUAUUAUGUACUGU